AUGGAUUAUCUAAAACGGGAGAGAACACAACUCAGGCGAUUAUUUACCAAAUCGUUGAAAGAAGUUGAAAAUGCUGUGAAAAUGGAACCGUUAAGAGCAUUAGAGACAUUAGGAGUGACAUCUGAAAAGUACGAAGCAAUGCUGUAUCCAUUAGUAGAGUCAGCUCUUCCAGAAGAUCUCAUAAAAGAAUGGGAACGAACACGUAGCAGAGUUGAAAAUAAAGUCAAGCCGAAUAUUUUGGGAAACUUGUUAGAAUUUCUUCGAUCGGAAGUCGAGAGUGAUGAGAGAUUACAACUUGCUCGAUCCGGUUUUGCGAAGGAUCAAGAAUUUCAAAGAAUUAAACAGAAAGAUAAAAUUCCUACGGCAGCUUGUAUUAAUCCAUCACCUGAAUUAGAUGCCAAGAUUCUCCUGUCACCAAGAAAUUCAUCUACAUUAUUGUUAACGGUAUUGGUGAAAAUCAUCAAUAAAGACAGAUCUUUAAUUAUCCGAGGAUUAUUCGAUACCGGUGCUCAAAGAUCUUUCAUAAAAAAGGAUAUUGUGGAUAAACUGGGAUUGGAACCAGUAGAUCAAGAAAUGUUAAGUCAUGGACUUUUUGGGGGCAGUGAAACUAAACAAAAGUCCCAUAAUGUGUAUAACAUUACAUUGCAAAGCUUGUGUUCAAAUUUCAGGCACAACAUUUCCGUUUUAGAUGAAAAGAAAAUAUGUGGUGCUAUUCCUCGUGUAAGUAAUCCUGACAUUUUUCCCAUUUUGAAGAGAAAAAAUAUAGAAUUAAGUGAUACAGGGGAAGACACUCCUGAAAUAGAUUUAUUAAUAGGAGCAGAUUACCUUGGUGUAUUGCUGACGGGAUCAAUUGAACACAUUGAUAAAAAUUUAGUAGCCAUAAAAACAAAACUCGGAUGGACACUUCAAGGUAAACAAACGAAACAGUCAAAAUCUUUGGAGAAUAUUAUUUAUGUUGCCAAUUUAGAUUUGACGGAAUUAUGGAGUCUAGAUGCCAUCGGUAUACGAGAUCCUGUAGAAAUUAAAUCAAGGCAGGUAGCCGAUGAAGAAACAGUUGAAUUUUUCCGUAAAACUAUUAAGAGAAAUGAAGACAAGAGAUAUGAAGUAUGUUUGCCAUGGAAAAGUGGAUAUCCAGAGUUAGAAAGCAACAAAGAAUUAGCCACUAAGCGUUUGAUGUCAACAAAAAAAAAUCUUAUUCGAUCAGGACAUUUAAGCGAAUAUGAUGAUGUGUUUAAUGAAUGGAUUCGAGAGGGAAUUAUCGAAAUUGUAAAUGAAGAUAAGAAUAAAGGACAUUAUUUACCUCAUCAUCCUGUAAUAAAGACUGGAGAUACAACUACAAAGAUUCGCCCUGUUUUCGAUGCCUCAGCAAAAGACUCUAAAGGAAAUUGCUUGAAUAAUUGCUUAGAAAAGGGUCCAAAUUUAUUAGAAUUAGUACCAAAAUUGAUAAUACAAUUUCGCAAAAAUGCUAUUGGAAUAACAUCAGAUAUUAAAAAGGCCUUCUUACAAAUCAGUUUGAACCCAAAGGAUAGAGAUUAUUUUAAGUUUUUAUGGUGGAAAGAUUUUUCAAGAAGAGAGGAAUUGAUCACCCUGAGACAUUGUCGAGUGGUAUUUGGUGCUUCUCCUAGUCCAUUUUUACUUGAGGCGACGAUAGCUCAUCAUCUAGAGAAUGUCUCAGAUGGAAGGAAGGAAACAGCUCAUCAACUUCAAAAAUCCUUUUAUGUAGAUAACUGCAUAACUAGUUUAGAAACUAGAGAAGAGGCAGCCAAAUUUAUUUCUGAAGCUAAAGAACUAAUGUCUGCAGCCAAAUUUGAUUUACGAGGUUGGGUUACUUCUGAAGAAAUUGUAGAAGAAACACAAAAGAGAUAUAUUCCAAUACUAGGACUUUCCUGGGAUACUGAAUAUGAUGAACUUUCUUGUAACAGUGUUAUAAAAAUUUCAGAAGAAAAUAUAACCAAACGAACAUUAUUAUCUAUUGCUCAAAGAAUUUACGACCCAAUAGGAUUUACAAGUCCAACUACUCUAAUUCCAAAGAUCAUUCUACAAAAAACAUGGAAAAGAAAAAUUAAUUGGGAUGAUGUGCUUCCACCAGAUAUAUGUAAUGAAUUUUUAGCCUGGUACAAACAUGUAAAUCUGCUAAAAGAUUGCAAAAUUCCAAGAAGACUACUUUCAAAUCCCUUUAAAGAUUGUCAGAUAAGUCUUCACUGUUUCAGUGACGCCAGUGAAGCCUCUUAUGCUGCAUGUAUUUUUUUACGUGCUGAAUAUAACGGGAAAGUUUCAGUUCAAUUAGUGGCAAGUAAAUCAAGAGUGUCACCAACAAAGGAAAUUACAAUUCCUCGAUUAGAACUAUUGGGAGCUCUUAUAUUAUCCCGAUUAUAUUGCCAAGUGACAGAUGGACUUGAGGUAAAUUUUAAUGAAGUAUACUUUUGGACUGACUCGACUGUUGUCUUAACUUGGAUUAAACGGGAUAGUUCUUGGAAUACAUUUGUAAGAAAUAGGAUAACUGAAAUAAGAAAAUAUACCAAUUCUGAUAACUGGCAUUUCGUGCCAGGUCAUAUGAAUCCAGCAGACCUUCCUUCAAGAGGUUGUGAUGCAAAGAUUUUAUUGAAGAGCAAGUGGUGGGAAGGUCCAGAAUGGCCUCUCACAUAUAUUGAAGAUAAUUCAGAAGGUCUAAGGCCAUUGACACCUGCUUGUUUCUUGCAAAGCAUUCCUAGUAGUGAUACAACUGAUUUAGACGAUAUCGGCAGUAAAAACCUAAAUAGAAGAUUACGUUUUAUUCAAAAACUACGGCAUGAUUUAAGAACGAGAUUUCGCAACGAAUACUUAGCAAUGUUAGUGCAUAAAGGUCGUCACACCCGAGAUGAAUCUUUGAAUGUUGGAGACAUAAUUCUCCUUGAAACUGAUGGAAAACGCCUUCACUGGACCUUAGGAAUUGUAACUGAAGUCCUCCCUGGAGCAGAUGGACAUUCAAGAGUCGCCAGAGUAAGAACAGCUCAGGGGGAAAAAUUAAGCCCAUUCCAGAGACUUUAUUCCUUGGAAAUCAGAAGUUCUGAAAAAUUACCAUUCAUUGCUCAGCAAAAGGAUAAAGACACAAACAGUCAACUUCCUGCAACUCCAGCUGUUUCAGAUCAAGAUUCCAGUGAAGAUGAUGAUUAUAUAACUAAAGUAACUCCUGAUGUUGUCACUAAAGCUGGACGGCGUAUUAAAAUUCCCAAUAGACUCGAUUUAUAA